ACUUAAUGGUAAUAUCAUAGGGUCUCAUGCUUUAAGAAGCUCUAGCAUCGCUUUCAACCUAGCUCUGGUGAUACUCACGUUCGUUGGCCUCCGGACGGAGACCUGAGUCUCAACCUGCCCGAAGUAGGCAGAUCGAGCAAGCAUGGCCAAGCACAUUAUUUUACGUAUGCCUUUUCGAGGAUCGAAGCACAAUUUUAUCGAAAAUAAAGGCUGGUAGUCUACGAAUAUUGUCUGCUGUCCUCCCGGUUGCAAAAACGCGCAAUUUCUCCGCACAAAGAUUACAGGCAUCCUUGGUCCUUUGUUAUUGGCAGUUGGCCAUUGUAACUCCUUCAUUCUAAUAAUGGCCAUCUUCAUAUACCUUCCAGACCUGGUUGUUUACAGUCUCCUCUUUUAUGCUCGCUUAUUUCAGACAAUCGGACGAGGUGGUAAAGUUGAAAAGACCAAGAUUUGGAGUCGUUCGACGAAACCGAAGCCCCAUAGCUAUACAUAGACUUUCUGGAAAUGUAGGAUUCCCUGAUCAGGUGCAGGAGUCAGACUCCCCGUCAUGAGUAUACACGGCUUGUCUUAUGAUACUUGUACAGCUCUCAGGGCAGAUUACCCGUAUGUGGGAACCUGCAAACCACUAUUUCUAAAUACUUAAGCAACACAUACCAAGCUAACACAAAUCCAAAGCAGUAGUUAAAACAUGCUGUACAACGAGACAUAAGAUAUACAAAACGCAAAGUACGCUGGCAGAAGUUCUAUCCCUCACGAAGCCGUCUACCAUCAUGGCAACCAUCUAAUUUUGACAUCGAAAGGAAAUGGUAUAUCCUCUUGCGUAUCUCUAAAACCAAAUCUACGCUGUAGAGUGGUAUCAUAUCGUCCUUGCGUUUCGGAGACACGCUCUCUCCCGUUUAUGUCGUGAUGCCAUCCAGACAAGUUCUUGCAAAAUAGAAGUACAUUUUAUGCGCCGGCAAAAGUAAUAAUAGUUGAUAUAAGGAUAUUUGGUAUGAAGAGGAAGACCGUGUGCGCCGUCCUACCAAGGGAGACAGGUCGGCAUAGGCGCAGAGGUAGGAAGGCUUCAGAAUCAACAUUUGAGCGGCUCUUUGGACGUGGUGGGAGAAGAAUUCAUUUGGGAAGAAUUCGAAUGGCAGGAUGCAUCUCCCGAGAGGUCCAUUACUGUCACAUCGUGGUGAAAUUGUGUUACUCAUCUGCCUUUCCCAAAGACUGCAUUGCGAUAUCAGCGGUCGAUCUCCUGCAGGUGCCUGGUUGUACAGUAUCGCAGACUUACAAGGGUCUGGAGGGGCGACAUCUGCCGGUUCAUCUGGAGCUUCGUCGUCGAAGGACAUGGUCGUGGAAGUCUCAAGUGGCUGAAAGGGGGAGUCUCGAAGUGCGAUGUCCUUUUCUACCCCUUUUGGCUCUGGCUAGGAGCAAGUAGAGUCGAGAUGACGAAGAAUGGCAAGCUCGCAGAAUGAUCCCAAGUAAGGAGAGAGAAGUAUUAAGAGUCACAGAUGGAAAGAAAAGAUGAAGAAAAGGGUCCGUUGGACGCGAGACGUCAGCUUCGCAGAUUUACAGAAGUUGACACGCUCACGUUCCCAAUACCGGGCUGCGAUCCGGGCGCCGCUGCCCUUACUGGCCUAGCGCAACUCAUCUGGAGAAGCAAUGAAAGUCCUUGCUAGGGUGGCCUCCUCGACAAUAACGUUAAAACAGCAACAGCAACAGCAACAAAAAUGUUUUCUCGCUGGAACGAGGCGGACCCGAAUGUUAUUUGGCUCUUGAAGCUGUCCAAUUCUUGCCCACUCACGAUGUGGAUCUUUGUCGGGUAGACUAAGGUAAUGGCCCACUUCCAUGCAGUCCCGUUGUGGGGAAGGCAAACUUCAUGUCUUGGCAUGCAUGAAGCCAUUCCAGGCUUAUCUAUUUUGCUCAUCGCCAUCACUUGCUCAUCCUCCUCGAUAUCCUGCGGACACCUAGAGAGUGUUUUCAAACGUUAAGGGAUUUACGGGUUUUAUCUGCGGAUGCCAUGUGUGUUAGAGCUGAAAGAAUGGAGCCGGCGAAAUUUGUCUCACAAGUUCUCUUCUAUACAUCUCGAGCUCUAUUUUGAUCAUUUACUGAACUGUGCUUCCUCGCAUCGUGGUUCAUCAUUGAGCUACAUUAGCAGCAUCUCUGCCACGUUGCGAAGUUACGAAGCCAUCGUGACUGACACGCUAGACAUGUGUUCCUAUUGGCCUCAUGAUCAUUCUGCAGCCUGCCCUGCCUCCAUUUGCUUGCUAAACCGCCCGGCUCGUUAAGAUGCUGCAUCCCGUCAUUGGGCAAACGCCUUCAAUUAGACGAAUCAAAUCAGCAAAGGGGAGGUUGCAGGUUGAUACCUUUGGUUGAGCGGUGUGGGAUGCUUCCUGACCGCCAUCAACGAUCCGCACUUAUCUCCAGAUUUGCGACAAUGAGUUUCUUCGUCGCCCCAUAAUCAUCUCCCGGUAAUCGUCCAGAAAUCAUCCGUGGUACGAACUCCCUAAGGUUUUAACUAUUUGCUCCUGCAUAUCUAUUCGUACUGAGGGGCGACUAUCGGGAAAUACUGUACCAAUACCAAAUCCGAGCUACCACAUCCUGUAGCACAGAACAAUGCCGGUUACUGGUACAACAUGUUCGAAUCAGAUUUGGGAACGGGGUAAUCGAAGAUACAGCCAAGAUUAUAUCAGCCUAGUCACGACUGAGCUUCUUCAAGCUGGCCAACUGAUGUGGAGCCAGAGUCCUAGGUUGUACAUCAUUCUUCAAGCAAUCGGUAGCCUGUCUCUGCUUGACAAACUCAACGAAGAAGGAGUCAGUGACCUGUGGCUUCCAAUUAUUUCUGAGUCAAUACUUGAAUUCCUCAUUCCGAAAGACAUACGACCUCAAUUUGUCCAGGCUCAGCGUCUCGUUUGUGCUCACCCCAAAGAGUUCCAUCUCGGGUACGCAAGCAGCCAUGGUCACUUUGCGCCCGAAAGUCACCCUCCAUUUCAACGUCGCCGACACAUCGGAAGUGGCAGUCUAGGGGACGUUGAUGAAGUAUUGAGCCUCACGGAUGGUCAGAUAUAUGCCAGGAAAAGUGUUCGACGUACAAGUUGUGUCUCGAUCAAUAGGAGUCGCGUCCAGGCAUUUCAGCGCGAACUACAUGCAUUGAGUCGAAUCAGGCAUAGACAUUGCGUGAAAAUUGUAAGGGCUUAUACUACCUCACGUGUCUUAGCUAUUGUCAUGUCUCCGAUGGCUGAUUCUGACCUUCGAAAAUAUCUUGUCCAUGCUGGCCUCUAUCCUCAAGCCAGAGUGCUGUCUCCAGUUAGAGAUUGGUUCGGAUGUCUGGCUACAGCUGUUUGCUAUCUGCAUUUGAAUCGGAUUCGACAUCGUGAUAUUAAACCGGAAAAUAUUUUGGUGCAUAAUCAACAAGUUUUGCUCGUUGAUUUCGGACUUGCUUGUGACUGGAAAGAUGCCAAGAGCUCUACCACAUCAACCUCAUGUACUUUCACUCGACUAUACGCAGCUCCUGAGGUCAUACUGAGCAAGAAACGCAACUCUUCUUCAGACAUAUGGAGCCUUGGGUGCGUGUACUUCGAGAUGGCCACUGUACUCAAGAGGAAGCGUGUUUCGGAAUUACGAGACUUCUUCAUCAAGCGAUCCGACAAUUCACACUUCUACAACAACGAGCCCGGGAUCGGUGCUUGGAUCAUUGAAAUGUCCAAUUUAUCAAAUAUUGAUAAUGCACCAUUCUUUUGGGCUAGUAAGAUGCUCCAGGUGGAUCGAAACGAGAGACCGUCAGCAUCCACUUUGGUGAACCUCAUCGAAACUCAUAUUCCCGCGACUGAAUCUGACAUUUACAUGGGAAAAUGCUGCCGAAUUCUUAACCAGAAUCUCCUCACAAGCUCUGCCUGCAGGAGUUGUGGCCAAGACGUGGCGAGCAGUGAUUCUCGCAUUGUUGGAUUAUGCCCUCAGUGCAAAAAUGUUCAUAGCUCUCGCGCUUUGAGUCAUGGUCUUCUUUUCACUCCCGGAAGCUGGCCUAUGCCAAACAUCGUGGCUGCGUUCUUUCCGAAUUUCAUGACCCAACAUCUUACUAGCGAUUAUCUACACGAUUUCACGAAAUCGAUCGUGUCGAAUGGUCUCUGGGAAUCCCUGGAUAUGACCGCCAAACUAUCUUGUAUUCCAGACCUACCCCUUGUUCUUACUCUCCGGAGAUUUUCGCCUACGCGCGACCUUAUGUCGCUCCAGAGAGAUCCAGGUACAAGAAUAGACUUCAGAAGUCCUUUACCUCUUGGCGUGCAUGACUUCGGUACCCAAGACAUGGCCGAGAAUCUCAACAAUUACCUUGAUGGCAUUGUGGAGAAUCAUCUAGACUCCAAAUGUAUAUCCUUUCUUCUACAGUUCCGCCACCGCGAUCAUUCAAGCCGAGUUUUGUACCAGAUAUUCUCAUGGUUUCAGGAGCAUAAAAACCACAUGCCAAACUGCGAGGUUAUUCUUAUGAAAAGUGCUAUCAAGCUCAUUGCCAUAUACAGGAUCAUCAUGCAAGCCCUACUGCUGGACGAGUUGCCCGAUUCCUUUGGGGAAAGUACAUUCGUUGAUCGCACCGGCCCGCAAGUGUACAGCGAUAGGCGGCGCCAAUCUCCAUUGCUCCUCAAUCUUCAAGUGAAAGUUGCCCUCCAUAACUUACAAUCCAGGAUAUUGAAGCAAGUGCUCACUGGGCUCACAAAGCUUAUGGAGUCUCGAAAAUCAUGGCCUUCCUGCCUCUUCAUCUCAAUAUGCCUAGCUUUCGUCAUCGAGCGCAUCGAUAUCGCAAGCACCGAACACCAGCAACUCCGUGCGCGGUCAACAAGGCCUGAAGACGACAAAGCCGAAAUGCUCAGAGAUGCUAAUGAUUGCAGCCACGGUGUGGGAAACAUGGUGUUUUGUCGUAUCUAUCAAUCUAUGAGCGCGAACAUGCGGAGUAAGAGAGUCGUUCGGACUUCGAUAGGGUCGGCAUUAGUCCAUAAACUUGGCGAUAUACGGAAGUUACUUGAUCUUGAGAAUACUCAGAGUGAAACAACCGGACCUCAAUACUCGUCCCGACUUGUUCUUUCUUUACUGGACCUAUUGGAUCACUUAUAGAGGGGGCCUUUCUUUUCUCGGCUGUUCAAGUCGUGAAUAUAUGUACAUAGCAAAUAGUAAAUGUAAUAUCUAGUACCGAUGACCUA